AUGAAUACUACGAUAAUAAUAACUAUUUGUGCUUUUUUUAUAAUUAUAUCUUUCCAAGAUUCUAGUAACGGAUUAUUAUUAAAUGUUUUCGAUAAAUCAUUUUUAAGAUCGAAUACUUUGGAUAAUGAAAUGAUUUAUACCUUAUAUACCAGGUACGUUUAUUUUAUUAAAUAUAAUAUUAACGUUUGGUCGAAUAACCCGCAAGGUGUUAGACUUUAUAAUAAUGAUAGAUCAAGUGUUUUGUCAUCUAGUUUUGAUAAUACACUACCAACAAUAUUUGCUACACAUGGAUUUAUGGGUUUAGGCGAUUCACCUUGGAUAACGGAAAUGAAAACAGAAUUUUUAAUGGCUGAAAAUGUCAAUUUCAUAUCGGUCGAUUGGUCACAAUGUGCGCGUAACAUAUUCUACGAUCAAGUCGUUGUUUGCAUGAAAGAAAACGCGUAUAAAUUGGGACAAUUUUUGAUAUUUUUACAAAGGGAAGCAAAUUUAAAUUUUUCAAACACUCAUCUCAUAGGACACAGCCUGGGAGCACACAUGAUGGGAUUGGCAACAAAAGUACUACCAUAUAGAAAAGCAAUAGGAAGAGUUACCGGUUUAGAUCCAGCAGCACCUUUAUUCGAACACGUUCCACCAUCAGAAAGGAUAAAUCCUCACGUUGCACAAUUUGUAGAUAUAAUACAUUCCAGCAUAGUAUUCGUUGGUCUUAAAAAACCCCUUGGAACCGUUGAUUUUUAUCCAAACGGUGGUUUUUUUCAACCUGAAUGUGAACAUUACAAUAUCACUUGCCAUCACAGAGCAUCACAAAAAUAUUUCAUAAAUACAAUUAAUUUGUCUCAAAGAUACAAAUAUCCAGCCAGACAAUGUCCAUCUGUUCAUCAUGCAAGCAAAGGUAUAUGCAAUGGUCAAACUGGUUUUAUGGGUUAUGAAUCUUACAGAAGGUAA